AUGGUGCGCUUCGAUACAGCUAAGGAUAUUCCUGACCUCUCAGGCAAGAUCAUCCUCGUCACUGGAGGCAACAUCGGUCUCGGCAAGGAGACAAUCACCCAGCUUAGCAAGCACAAGCCUGCCCACAUCUACCUCGGAGCCAGAAAUGAGUCCAAAGCUUUGGCCGCGAUUGAGGACAUCCAGAAGACAGUGCCAGACGCGGCCCCCAUCUCGUUUCUCGAGGUCGACCUGACGUCAUUCGAGAGCAUCAAGCGCGCUGCCAAGGAAUUCCAGUCAAAAUCGCAGCUCCUUCAUAUCCUCAUAAACAAUGCCGGCAUCAUGGCCUGGCCGCCCGGCGUAACCAAGGAGGGCUAUGAGAUCCAGUUUGGCACAAACCACAUGGGCCACGCUCUCCUCACCAAGCUCCUCCUGCCGACGCUGCAGCACACCGCCAAAGUCGGCCUCGACAAGGAUGUGCGCAUCAUCUCGCUCUCCUCGGCGGCUGAGAACUGGGUUCCAAGCGACCUCUACAACUUUGACGACUUCAAGACCGAUAUGGCCUCGACGAGUACCUGGGCGCGCUACGGCGCCUCCAAGGUGGCCAACAUUCACCACUCCAAGGCCCUCGCCAAGCGGUAUCCUGAGAUUCGCUGCAUUUCGCUCCACCCCGGGGCUGUUAACACGAACCUCAUCAGCGGCCCAGUAGCCAGCUGGCCUCUCGUCAAACCAAUCGUGGGCAUCGUCACUUGGCUGGUGUCGACCCCCGUCUCAAAGGGUGCUCUGAACCAGCUGUGGGCCUCGGUCAGUCCGGAUGCCGAGACUGGUGUGUUCUACUGGCCAGUGGGUGUGAAGGGCAAAGACUCCAAGAACGCGUUGAAUGAGGAGCUCGCAGAGAGCUUGUGGAAUUGGACGGAGAAAGAGCUGGAGCCCUACGCUUGA